UCACAAUUGGUGCUCUCCUCCAAGUAUUCAAGCGUGCUUCCAUUACAGUGCGCAGAGACCAUCGUAGUCCAAGCCCGCUACCAGCCGACCAAUACAUACACAACCCUUACUUCAUUACGCUUAUGCUUGAAGCUAGAAGUUGGCAUUAUUUAAGAGCUAUCUCAGACAGGUCCCACGACGAAUACUACGUCAAAUAGGGUGAUGAACGGAACCAGCGCCAGCAGCAGUGUUCCAUCCAACCAUGGAGGGCCGGCAUUGGAUUUGACAGUCCUGGGUUUGAACAGUGGCACAUCAAUGGAUGGUAUUGACUGCGCACUUUGUCGAUUCAGGCAGCAAGACCCUUCUAGUCCAAUGGAAUUUGAGCUUUUGAAGUAUGGAGAGACUCCCUUGGAUCAAACGAUCAAGAAGCGAGUCAUGAACAUGAUUUUGCACAAUUCCACAUCACCAGAAGAAAUCGCAGAAGUCAAUGUCAUCCUGGGCGAGGCAUUUGCAAAGGCGGUAGAGGGGUUCACUUUAGAGCAUGGGAUUGAUAAGUCUAGCAUCGACGUGCUUGGAUCUCAUGGCCAGACAAUAUGGCAUCUUUCCAUGCCCAACCAGAACCAAGUUAAGACGACUCUCAGCAUGGCCGAGGGUGCCAUUCUAGCAGCCCGGACAGGAAUCACCACAGUAUCAGAUUUUCGGAUUAGCGAUGUAGCAGCUGGACGUCAAGGAGCUCCUCUCAUUGCAUUCUUUGAUGCACUGCUUCUACACCAUCCUACCAAGCUUCGUGCAUGCCAGAAUAUUGGCGGGAUUGCGAAUGUCUGUUUUAUACCCCCUGACAGCCAGGGAGGCGUAGACGAGUGCUUCGACUUUGAUACAGGACCCGGGAACGUUUAUAUUGAUGCGGCGGUACGGCACUACACGAAUGGCAAGCAAGAAUAUGAUAAAGACGGCGAGAUGGGAAAGCGCGGUGUUGUGGAUCAGGAGAUGGUAGAUGGAUUUUUGAAGCAUAAGUAUUUUGGCCUGGAGCCUCCCAAAACGACAGGCCGGGAAGACUUCCGUGACACCCUCGCUUUCGACCUUAUUGCUAAAGGAGAGAAGAAGGGCUUGUCCCGAGAUGAUGUAGUGGCAACGAUUACUCGAAUCACAGCACAAUCCAUUGUGGACCAUUACCGACGAUUUGCACCAUCUCAAGAUAUUGAUGAAAUUUUCUUGUGUGGGGGAGGCGCCUUUAAUCCGAAUAUCACGGAUUUCAUUCAAAAGAGCUACCCGAGGACCAAAAUCCUUAUGCUAGACGAGGCUGGAAUUCCAGGAGGUGCGAAAGAGGCCAUCACGUUUGCUUGGCAGGGAAUGGAGGCAAUUGUAGGGAGAUCAAUACUUGUGCCGACACGGGUCGAGACUCGAAAAGAAUGUGUGCUUGGGAAGGUGUCCCCAGGGGAGAAUUAUAGAGAUGUAAUGCUAAAGGGCAUGCUUUUUGGCGGCAAAGAGAGAAAGCUGAGUCCGGUGAAAGACAUGAUUAACAUUGUAGAUGGGAAAGCAUUUAGUAAUAAAUGGUAAUAGAGUCGAGGAACUGAUAAAUGAACCGAUAAUUGAACCG